AUGAGUCCAGUCUGCCAUUGGCUCUGCCCAGUGUCUCCCGAUUGGCUCGGCAGCCCGCGGGGGACCGAUAAGGGCGGCUAUAAAAGCCCUGGGAGCUGCUCCUGGUCCCCCAGCCAGCAAGAGCCAGAGGGGCCAGGCAAAGCCCGGCUGCCACAUCCAUCCCCCCCCUCUACCACCACCAGCACGUAUCCAGAUCCACAUCUUUGCUCAAGCCGAAACCAAAAAAAAUCCAACCCCAUCCAAAAAAAAAAUAAUCCCACCCCCAAAAAACCCCCACACUUAGCGGAAACUUGUCAGAGAAUGCUCCUAAGGUCUGGUUUGCUGCUGCUGCUGGUGAUCAGUGCAUCCGCAUCCUAUGAAGCUGAACAGAAUGACUCUGUGAGCCCCAGGAAACCCAGGGUGCCAGCCCAGAACUCAGCAGAGGUGGUUCGCUGCCUGAACAGUGCCCUCCAGGUGGGCUGCGGAGCCUUUGCCUGCCUGGAGAACUCCACCUGUGACACGGAUGGGAUGUAUGACAUCUGCAAGUCCUUCCUCUACAGUGCUGCUAAAUUUGACACUCAGGGAAAAGCUUUUGUGAAAGAAAGCUUGAAAUGCAUUGCAAACGGGGUCACGUCCAAGGUGUUCCUGGCCAUCAGGAGGUGCUCCACGUUCCAAAGAAUGAUCUCUGAAGUGCAGGAGGAGUGCUACAGCAAGCUGGAUAUGUGUGGCAUUGCCAAACGCAACCCUGAAGCCAUCACAGAGGUCGUUCAGCUUCCAAAUCAGUUCUCCAACCGGUAUUACAACAAGCUGGUGAGAAGCUUGCUGGAGUGUGAUGAAGAGACAGUCAGCACCAUCAAGGACAGCUUGAUGGAGAAGAUUGGCCCCAACAUGGCCAGCCUCUUCCAGCUGCUGCAGGCAGAUCACUGUGCCCAAGGCCACCCGAGGGCAGACUUCACCAGGAGACGCAUCAGUGAGCCCCAGAAGCUAAAACUCUACUUCAGGAACCUCCGAGGUGAGGGCUCCCUCCCUCCCCACACCAAGCACAGCUCCGCCGAGAGCCCCUAAGGCCGCUGGGGGCUGGGGAAGGGGGUGGGGGGAAGGCACCCCGGGUGUGCAAAGGGAUGCUCAGAGCACCUACCAAAGCUGAAGGCUCUCUAGAAGAGUGCUGCACCCAAACCACCUGUACUGUAGCUAGUUUUCAUCAGGACUAGGGACUGGUCUUAAGAGUUUAGCCGUUGAAUAUUUUCUAUCCCCUCUCCAACACCACUUUUGCAUGGAUCCCAUUUGGGUGUCUCAGCUUUUCCAAACAUCCUCCAUCUCUUUUCCUCCCCACCAAGAGAACAAAACAAAGCAGAACCAAAAACAGCCAAAAAAAGAGAGAUAAAACAACACACACACACACCCU